AUUUACCCAUUCCCAUGGUCUCGUGCACAGACUCAUGACAACAUUGAGUGUUAGUCUGCAGACAUGGUGUCUUUGUUUUGGCUUUCUCUCAUCCUCACCUGCCAGCCACCACAAGGUGCGGCACAGCUCCAAAGCUGCCUAUCACAAGCCAGCGAUGUGAUUUCCCGGGCGAUUGGACAAGACGCCGAGAUCUGGUGCAGGGUCCACCCCAACUGCUCCACCAAGGGCCUGCAUCACCAGUGGUUCGCUUUCAAACGCGAUAGUCAUUUUCCUCUCUACCCGGACAAACAGCCUCACAAGUACAGCCUCCAAGGAGCAACUUUACAAAUAAUGUCCCUCCACGCCAACGACAGCGGGAUUUACUACUGCGGCAGCACCUUGUCCCACGGAGAACCCCAACCCAGGACUCAGCAUGUUGGCCUGGGAACCAUUCUUGUGGUUAAGGAAAAAAGCAAGCUAAUGUUGGGACAUGUUCUGCUGUGGUUAACAUUCGUCCUCUUGGUCAUCUACAGCCUGGCAACACUCACACUUGUCAUUCAGAAGAAGUACGGCCUCAAUAUAUGGAACUGCAGGAGACUAUACAAAAGUGACAAGCAAAAGAGUAGCACAAGUAAAACGAGAAUAUUCCGGGAUGUGCUGCAAGAGAUGCACCACAGACGUGACUUGAAGAGAAGCAAGAGGAGCUCCAGGAGGAACCCUGCACCGCGUGAGACAACAUCUGCUGAGUUUAAUAACCUGGCCCCUGACGACAUCUAUCAAAAUGUCUAAUAGGAAGACUUUUUUUUUUUUCCAUCGCCUCUCCAUAUAUUUGUACUUUCAGCUCAUAUCUUUUUGGAACUUGAUGCAAAAAAAAGAACAUUGAAAGAUAUUUGUCAAC